AUGGCGCCCGGGAAGACCAAGAAGUCGAAGAAGGCCUCCGCUGUGCCCCUACAGCCUCCUCCUCCGCCGCCGCCGCCGCUGGACUUCUCCUAUGCCAUACCCGAAGCCGAGCUGGCGCCAGACCACGGCUACAGCAUCUUCAACGAGCCCCUGGAUGCGCCGUACGAGGAGGACAAGGAGUUUGCUCCUGCUCCCACUUCCGCUUCCGCUGCUGCUGCCCGGCGACGAGCUGCCAGCAGAGCCAGCGAGCCGCCCGUCACUGUCCCGCUGCCUGCCACUGCUACAUCUAUACCCGCUGUUGCUGCUAUAUCUACUUCUACAUCUACAUCCAUACCUGCAUCAGUAGCUCCCAUAGACCCGGCAGCGGCAGCAGUCUUCUCCUACCUCGACCAGCCGCUGGACGAGCAGAUGCAGAUGAGGCCCUCUGCGCAUUCAAGAAAGGCCUCCGAACCAGUGGUACCCAGGGCGCCGCGGCCAAAGGACCAUAGCCGCAAGGCCAGUCUCUCCCAGCUGCUCAGGACGGUGUCAGGGGGGUCCUCUUCCUCUGCCACGGCCAAAGAAAAAGAUAAGGAUAAAGAGAAGGAGAAGGACAAAGAGAGAGAGAGAGAAAAAGAAAGAGACCUCAGUCCGAGUCGCUCGUCGUCGGUGUCAAAGGAGUCUGAAUAUCAGCCCGUUACUCCCCCAGACAUGCUGUUCGACCCUAUCAACCUCCACAUCCCCGGAUCCAAAGGCAUGGCAAAGUCCCAUAUGGCCGGCUCUUACAUGACGGACACCGAGAGCCUGCUCGAGGGCCCUACUUCCGCUGCUCCGGCCUUCAUGAACUUCUCCCAUCCGGAAUCCUUCUACGUGCCCAAGAGUAUGCUCUCCUACUCCAUGGCUCCUCCGCCUCCCACCAAGCAUCAUCAUCACCACCACCAUCCGCAACAGCAGCAGCAGCAGCAGCAUCUUCCUCAUGCUGACAAGGCACCGACGACUGAAGCUUCCAGACGACGCUCCCAGGCCUCAGUGCCCGAGCAGUUUGAAUGGACAGCCGUGCCCGAAACACCUCACCAUGUAUAUCGCAAGUUUGAGCGGCUGAACCACCGUGUGCUGCGGCAUUUGCAGGAGGAGAUUGCCCAGUUGGAAGACGACCUGAUUACCAUUGACGAUAUCGAUGCUGCUCGCGCUGGCGCGUCAGGCUCUCGUGCUUCUUCCCGCCAGAAACAGCUUGCUGCAAAGUACCGCGACCAGAUACAAGACUACUCCAUCCUACAGAAUAAACGAACAGACCUUCUCGACAAGAUCAUGCUCAAGACAGACCAGUACAAUCGGGCGCUAUGUUCCUUUUCCAAAGUGAUCAAGAACCUCCCUGCUGCCUCAGACGACGAUGUCGACGCCUACAGAGCCUUCCUACGCUCCCCUGCUGGCGCAUCUACUAAGGGCGAGAGGAAGCUCCUGGACCAGCGAGCCGACCUGGUUACCAUGGCCCCUCGUCCUGCCAGCGCCCUGCAUUCCAACCCCCUCUACUCCACUGUGGCAGCUAUAUUCGCCGCCAUCCUCUUCCCCUUGCUCGCGUUUGGAGCCAUCACCGAAUUCUUUGGGCGUAUCGUCGUUGUCUCCUUUGUCGCGGGCUCGUUUGCCUGGUGGGCGUCAAACGGACCCCCGGGACACGACUACCUCAUCGAGCCACAGGAUGGCUGGAAAUGCGCUGUCAUUUAUUUCGGCUUCAUGACUAUGGCGGCACUCCUGCUUUGA